GAUUUACGACAGUUAGAUGGGAUGAGACUGUGGAUACUGCUGAUGGCUGUUGUGGCCAGCAAAAGUGCCGUGUGGCAUGCGGUGGGGGGGGGCAGGCUACAGCUGGAAGUAUAUAACCCAGUUGGAACCAACAGAGCAUGUACAAGGCUUCUUUCCAUCUGAGGACCUCCGUAAGAAUCAGAGCCAGUUCCAAGAACAGUGUCCUACAGUGAUGAAGUGUAAAAAUCUCCUGUCCUGGGCCUUCCUGCUCGUGGCCUCUGGCCCACUCCUGGCCCACCCCAUCACAGAAUCUGCUGAGAUGCCCUAUCCAGGACCUGUAUCAAUUGAGGACCGAGGAGUCGGCGCUCUGGAUGAUCUGUCUCUCUCCGAGCAAACCUUCCCUCCUCAGGGUGGUGCUGGUCUCAGAUAUUCCACUCUGAUAUCUGGGGAGACCAACAGAGAUGGCGUCAGGACAACAGGCCUGCUUCCGAGGGGGAUGAAAAGAGAGGUCCUAUUGGAGAAACAAAGUCUCCUAAAUCCAUUCAGCCAUGUGUUUGGCAUCCGGAAGCAGUUCAGGAAGAGAGAAGGGAAUUCUGAGUGUUUCUGGAAGUACUGUGUUUAAAACGGACGACAAGCAUUAAUGCUACACACAAGAGACAGGGCUUGCACUAAAACAAAAACCCCUAUCUUGCCCUCGC